CCCUCAACACGUGGUUGAGGAGAUCCUGAAGCGAUUGCCGGUGAAAUCUCUGCUCCGAUUCAGGUGCGUUUGCCGAUCAUGGCGAUCCACCGUUGAUGACCCUUGCUUCGUGGCCCACCACUUGAAUGCCUCCGCUCUCGAUGCCUCCAACCGGCACACCGUGUGUCUAGAUUGGAGCGAUCCUUUCCGAAACCUGUGCUCUGUGUUCUCCGAUGAGUCUCAAACCUUAGCCGCCAUGAGUUCCGACGACAACCCGAAGCUCCCUCAACACGUGGUUGUGGAGAUCCUGAAGCGAUUGCCGGUGAAAUCUCUGCUCCGAUUCAGGUGCGUUUGCCGAUCAUGGCGAUCCACCGUUGAUGACCCUUGCUUCGUGGCCCUCCACUUGAAUGCCUCCGCUCUCGAUUCCUCCAACCGGCACACCGUGUGUCUAGAUUGGAGCCAUCCUUUCCGAAAGCUGUGCUCUGUGUUCUCCGAUGAGUCUCUUACCCUGCCUCCUCAGUCGCAAGUCGAACUCCCAUUGGUUGCUCCUGACAGCCAUUACGUUAUUAUUGGUUCGUGUAAUGGUUUGAUCUGCGUCGCGGAAGUCGUUGAAAAAUUGCAGUAUAUUUGCUAUAAACAGAUUCAUUUGUGGAAUUUAUUCACUAGAAAGCGCAAGGUUGUUCUACAACCCGAUCCACAGCAUCCAAUAUUACGUCUAGGGUUUGGCUUCGAUGCAAGGUCUAAUGACUAUAAGAUUGUGAGGCUUCGACAUUAUCCUGGACGGGUUCGCAAGGAAGAGCUUGUGGCCCAGAUUUACUCACUCAGUACAGAUUCAUGGAGAAUUUUGGAGUAUGAGGGCACUGAUGUAUGGGCCAGAGGACCCCCUGCGGUCUUCUUCAAUGGGAGUCUGCACUGGUUUCUUUUAAAGUUCAAUGAUCUGCAUUAUGUAUACAGUUCAAUACUCUCGUUCGAUGUUGCACAUGAGGUGUUUGAUGAAAUGGCUCUGCCGGAAGAGCUUUGCUGCAUGAAUCUCGUACUUUCUGUGGCAGUAGUGAAUGGCUUGCUGGCAGUGCUCAUUAGUUGCAAGGAGGAAGUUAGGUAUGGUGAAUCUUGUUCUGUUUGGGUUAUGAGGGAGUACGGCGUGCCCGAAUCUUGGACUAAGCUAUAUACUUUUGAGACUUGUACACGAGUAAAACAAUUUUAUGGCUUCACGAGGAAUAGCGAGGUUCUGAUGGUUAUGGCUGAUGGAGGACGAGUUUCUUGGAAUCCGAUCACGAGACAAUUCAAAGAUCUUCCCUUUUCUACGAAAUGUGACGUGGGCACCAUCGUGGAGAGCUUGGUUUCACUCUAGACAUGACUCAAUUGAUCUUCCAUUUCCCUAUAUGAAAGAUUGAUUCUACUUGCAGAAAAGUUGAAAGAUACAUCU